AUGGAUGCAGUGACCUCAUCUACAAAGCUACGUCGACUAUCUGGUCCUCCUAGCAUGUUGGCGGCCUUCACGAUUCAUCACUCUCAAAUAGCAUCCCCGACCUCCUCUUCCAUUGAUACACACACAUCCUUGAUCCGUUGCAAUUCCAUGCCCAACCGCCGAAGGAAACGAUUCUCCUAUCAGUCAACUGUCGCCCCGUUCUUUCAGCAGUUCGAUUCCCGGGAAGUGACCACAGUCUCAGUCGUUUCUGUUGCACCUCCUCAACUGCCUUCAGUGUCUCGCCCCUUGAAUGCCACGACUGCAUCGGGGUCUAGGAGUGUUCAGUCAGAUUCAGUUCAGGAGCAGCAGCUCACAUCAAAGUCAAUAGCAAUACUACCGAAGGAAGGUGGACAUACCCCACAUGAAUACUCAUCAUCUCGAUUUGGCACAGAGGAGCUGGGGCAAGAUGUCCCGAACUAUCUGAAUUUCGUCUCCGACCCUGCGGCCACCUCCAAAUCUCAGGCAAGCCCAUCCAAUCCAAGCGAGAGUUUCCACGCAACAAAUCUGGAUAAUCCGAGAUCCUUCAUUUCCGGUACCGACAUUGAUACCGCACCGGCAGAUCCAGAUAUGGCUGAGGUGGAUACAACGUCGACUAUGCAACAUAUCAUGGGAAACAUCAGGGCAACAACAAGCGCUGCGUAUAUGAGCCCUAAAAGAUCCCUCACCAAUUCCAGUCUGGCCAGCAGUAACGGCUCUGUGUUCUCAACAGCGACGAUGCCUUUGGCGGACUCGAGCAUGUCGAUCCAGUCACAUCAGUCCGAGUCUUCGAUGCUUUCGGCAGCCAUGACCGCCAGCGGAUUGCCAUCGAUGGACAUGAUGAUGGAUCAUGUCGACCGAAGGCUGGCUCUUGACAGUCAGGCACAGCUGGUGGAUAAUGCACACGUGGGAAUGGCCCAUGUGUCGUUCGUAGACAAGCAUUUGAUUGCGGAACCUUGUUCUGCGGCGAUCGAGACCUGGGUCAACUAA